UAGGGAACAUCUGUGAUCGGGAGUUAGAAGCGAUUCACUCUUAUGUAUUUAUAAUUCCCUAAAAAUAAGUGAUAAAUAUCCAUCGAAAUGGUUUUAAAUUAAAAUUUUAAGCACUUGAAUAAAACUCCCAACUAUUUGUGAUAGUAUUGCAAUACGGUGGUAUUGAAACUACCUAAAUGGAUCUUCACCGGCCUGUCGAGGGCAAUAAGUCCUAUGAUGCUAUGACAUCUGAUGAAAAAUUGAGAUAUGAUCAUCAGAAGUUGCAUGAGAUGCACCGUGGACACGAGUCCAUGCAUAUGAAGAUGGUGCUGAUCCUCAUUGGCACUCUUGUGGUCGCCCAGGUCAUUGUGGUUGAGUGGAAGAAGUUCCAUUAUAGGUCAUAUGCUUUCUUCACGAUGGUGGCUAUGUGGUCUAUACCACUGCUGAUAAGCACCUUCAACCACUCGUACAGGUUCAUUAUUGUAUGGACAAUCUUCACACUGCUCACUACACUAGUCAUAUGGAAGUCCUCGCAGAAGCCCAUGUCUAACACCACACCAAGAAUGGUGUACAAAUGGUUCUACCUAAUAUACAAAAUCAGCUGUUUCUUCAUGCUGUUCGGCUACGUGGUGGUGAUGCUGACCUUCCUGAGCCUCAAUGUGUUAUUCAACCAGAAGCCGCAAGUGUGGAUGGAUAUCGGCCUCAUGUGCUUGUUCUAUGGAGUGUACUUCGGCGUCCUGGGGCGGGACGUCGCGGAGUAUUGCUCGGACAAAAUGGCCUCAUCGAUAGGGUACUACACAAAAGAAGGUAUGCCGACGAGGUACCUGGAGAACAAUGUGUGCGCGGUUUGCGGUAACAAACUACUAGUCGAAGUCAGUGAAGAAGGCGUUAUAGAGAACACGUACAAGCUGCCGUGCGGCCACGUGUUCCACGAGUUCUGCAUCCGCGGCUGGUGCAUCGUGGGCAAGCGCCAGACGUGCCCCUACUGCAAGGAGAAGGUGGACCUCAAGCAGAUGUUCACCAAUCCUUGGGACCGCCCCCACUUACUGUACGGUCAGCUCCUCGACUGGGUGAGGUGGCUGGUGGCCUGGCAGCCACUGGUGCUGUUCCUGGCGCAAGGGAUCAACUGGUUUUUCGGACUAGAGUGAGGAAAAGGAUUUCGCGAGGCAAAGGCUGUUGACCAUCACUGUACCCUCAUGACAUGGCCAACUGAUGACCACAUCGUCACUGAAUAGCUCCGGAACUUUGACAACAAUUCGAUAAACCAGAUUGCAGUAAACGGAAGGCUGUGAGAUAUUACUAAAAAUACCCUUUGUUAUGAACUAUUUAUGGUGGCAUCUUUGUUGACAAAGCUCCGCAACUUUGAGAACCAUUUGAUGAACAAAAUUGCAGGAAACAAAGGCUGUGGAGACAUUUAUAUUAUCUCUUCUAGGGCUAAUUGAUAACCGAAUCGUCGUUAGCGAAAUUCCGGCACUUUGAGAACCGUUUGAAUAAUGGGUUGCAGGAAACUACGGUUGUAAGACAUCGUGAUAACUUGGCUAUAGGCGUCUUAUAACCACAUCGCCUCUGACAAAGAUCCACAACUUUUUAUUGUUUUAUUCUUUUUAAUUCCACUACAAGUUACGCCUUGACUGCAAUCUCACCUGUCGGUAAGUGAUGAUGCGGUCUAAA